GAUUACGGGCGAAUUUUAUCACCGUGCCUUUGAAAGAUUUUUAAGUAUCGGAUUCAGCCUUAUUCGGUAUAUUUUCAAAUUUAAAAUCACUCACAGGUUCUUUAUUGUAAAGACUAGGAAAAAAUAUCUUACUUAAUAAUAGCUUCGCAAGAUUUAAAAAGAAGAGUCUCUUUUUAGAAAACGAAAAUAUCUACUUUGCAUAUGCAAAUCUCGUAUCUGUAAGCAAGAUCCUUACGAAGUUUGUAAACAAGAUUUUGUGAGAACGGAAUUUAUGGAUAGCGAAGACGAGCUUGAUUAUAUUUGUUUAUACUUUGGUGAUUACUAUGAAUGUUUUGCCAAAUUCCUGCACUGCGAAACAAUAGGACCACUUAGUUAUCCUGGACGAUACGAAAGCAUAGUAAGUCUCCUCAAUGAUGUUUGUGAGAAAGACACUCUAUUUUACAAAAUUGUUGCAAAAGGUCUGCCAUGUAUAAAGGGCGCCUUAAAUGAUGGCAAAGGAAACUGCGGAAAGUCUCGAGAAAAGCUGAUGGACGCUUAUAAAAACUACGUAGAAGGGAAAUCUGAAGGAAACGCUGGAAUAUUCGAAGGAAAAGGGUCUGAAGCAAUUUUGCAGCAAUUGGAUACAAUUGAAUGUCUGCAGGAUAUUAACAGAGUCAGUUGCGUUGCUGACUAUGCUGCUACAGAAUGUACAGAUCUUGCCAAAGGUGCAGUUGUAGAAAUAGCUCGACGGUCACAAAUGGUAGAUGACAGAUGCGCUGAUGAGGACAUUCCGCUACUCUUCGAGACUGUAAACCAAUUGGAUUUGAAGAAACCUCAUAAGCAGUCACUGUUAUAUACUUUCCAAGGCCUUUUUAUGAAAUAAUAAGGCAAACAAUUAUUAUAGCUCAUACCAUACCUUUGGAAGUUUGUUACAAGACUUAAUUAAAUUAAAAGUGUUAAUUAAAAGUGUGA